UCCAAUUUUAAAGUCACUAUCUUGUUACAGUAAUACUUAUUCUCUCAAAAAUUUAUGGAUCUUAUAAAAUCUACGAUGAAUUGAUUAUAAAAUAAUUCGGCAAUCUGAUCAGCUUAAAUACCUUGAAAUCUAUCAACCAGUACUUCAUUUCGAGGUUAGAUUGGUUAGCUGGAGAUAUUUUGAAUAAAAAAGUUGUGAACGACGUCAAUGUCUAAGAAAUGCAACUUCAGUUAGUGAAAUAUUUCGUAAUUAUGAAAUGCAAAUAUUUGCUAUGAUAUGCAGUAUUCUUCAAACAAACGAUAUGAAUGCAGUACAACAUUGGUUAGAAAAUGCAACAGAUAGAGAGAAAAAUUUGAUUAUUAGUCUAGUGUCUACUGCAUUAUCUCAUCAAAAUAUGUAUUUUGAUACUAAACAAUCUGGAGGUAAUUCUUAUAGAACUAAUACGGAUAUACAUUGGUCUAGAAGGGAAAAAUUAUCAAAUAAUGAUAUAAGCCUCAAUGAAACAGUGGAAGACGAGAAUAUACAAAAUUGUUGUACCGUAACAGAUCGUUUAGUAAUUGGUGAAAUGGAUAAUAUGAGCGAAACGCACAGCAGAGGUGUACAAGCUAAUCUUUCAUGUGCUACAUCUGAGGAUACACUAAAAUCUAAUAAUAUAGAAGUGAAUAAACCAACCAAUAGAGAGGAAUUCUCUAGUUUAUGUCAAACACCAUUGAAACAAAAUUGGAAACAACAUGAAUCAGUUGGAAUUCUUUAAAUUAUUUGAAAUUUUCUUUAUAGAUAGAGUGUAUACUGAUUAAUACUGUACUAGCAGUUCUUUUCUUUUAUUACGAAUAAUACAAAUGUAGUAUUGAAUAUUCAUUUCUAUUAUAUACAAUUUAUUUGUCCUGAUUUUGUUAACAUAGAUGUAAAAAUAUAAUAAUUGAAAGACAGUGA